AUGCUCCUCGGUGAGAAACUCAGUCAUGUCUUGACAUGGGUAUCCCUAGUCAAGGCUCUACCUUCAUCGUCUGGCCAACACAGAGAGCCUUCAUGCCGGUUCGCAUGUCAUUAUUCCCAGAAGCAGGUUCUCCAAAACCCCAAUGCCUUUGUGAACGACCUGUUGUACUGGGAGGGCAAGUUCCACCAGAACAAUAUCUCAUACAACAGCAACAAUGGCAUAUCCUAUGAUGGGACAAAUAUCGACUGGGUGACUGGUGAAGCAACAGCUAAGCACCCGUUCAGUGCAGCUAGCAAAGAGUCACUUCAGAUUAUGCUCUAUACGCAUGCUAUCAACGGGUCUCCAGGAGCUGCUCGGUUCCUUUCCCCUAGUAACACAGCAGCAGCACCUGAAAUUGCCGCUUCCAUCAUGCAGACCAAGUUGCAGACAUACCUCAAGUUCAAUGAAACGUACCCCGGCUUUGGCGGCUUCUUGCCUUGGAUCACAGCGGACUCUCAAGAUCUGACUCCAACAUUGGACUGGGUCAAUCGCGUGCCCGCGCUGGACAAUGGUGAACUCCUGUGGGCUGUAUAUGGGUUUAUUCAGGCUCUAGAGAACACAGGUGAUAAGUCUUAUCUUGAACUCGCUCAAAAGUGGCAGGUCUGGAUGGACUAUACCAAAACUACUGCUGCCAAGAUAUUUUAUCACGGCAAUGGCCAUGUUUGUGCCGUCAUAGAUAUCAAAGACCAAACUCUCGCAGUCAACCACCCAGACCAAUCAUACUUAUGCGAAGGCGAUGGUCUACUGAACGACCCUUUCGAGGGCGAGAUCUUUACUUUCUGGCUCCAAUUCUUUGGCGGCUUGUCAGAUGCCGACAAGAAAGCUCUUUGGGAAGUCAAAAGACCGCAGCUCGUGAGCGUGGAUUACCAAAUGGGCAAAUUCGGACCUAUCACUGUGCAGAAGGGAUACUGGUUCUCCAGCCACGAGACUUGGAAAGUAAUGGAAAUGCCCUACUACGAUGUUGACAUUGUCCGUCGCCUUUUCAAAAACGCUGAGCGAGUCCGAACUUGUAACUCAGUCGCCACUAAAGUACCAGGCAUGUUCGCCUCAAUCAAUAACAUCACCGACCCUUCGACGGGCGAUGUGACAGGCUACAUCUCCAAUGCCGGCAUCCCCUCGAUCUCGAACCAAACCGUACAAGAACUGGAUGUAAUUACGCCAUACAGUGUUUUCCCGACUAUACUCAUCGACAAGGCUGUUGGGUUGGCCUGGUGGAGGAAUAUGGUUGUUGCCAAGAAGAUGCAGAAUAUCUAUGGCAGCACUGAAUCUACACGUGUUGAUGGCACUGGUGUUUCUGCGCUUCUCACUUGGGAUAGCAAGGUUACCACUGUGAAUGCGGUUUUGGGGGGAGUGACUGAUUUUGUUCGUCAAAAAAUGAAGGCCGAUGAUAUUUACACUGAGUUUGUGGAUAUUAUUGAGGCUGAGUACUCUCGAGUCUUCACGCAUCUCAAAGGAGAAAAUGUGGAGUUGUGUCUUCCAACAGAGACUGUGCCUGAUACAGGGUUGGUGGAUUUCACAACGUGUAACUAG